AUGGGAAAUAAUCAAUCAGGUACAACUGGAAGAUAUGAUAAUUCUGGACGAGAAGGCGGCGGUGUUCGACGCCAUCGAAUGAUGAGUGAGACAGCAAGAAUUGCUGCACAAGUUUUGCCAAAUCCAGAAUCCAGUGGACCACCGGUUUUAUUCGAUGUGAGUUUUCUUGAUCCUAUUAUUUUAUCACUUCUUAAAGGGUUGGUGCUUUCCUGGUGAAAAAAUCGUCUGCAAAAAGGCGUCACAGUGUUGUUUUCAAAGUUGUGUGCAAACACACACACGAAAAUUCAAAAACAAGUUGUGCGCUAGAGCGCAUUUACAUGCUUUAUUUCGUAGGUUUUAACUCGCUUGUGUUUUUGAGGAAAAACAUGGGCUGAAUUGAUACUAGAAUUUUUUCUAAAACUGGAACCCUCCAGGAGCACCUUAUUCCUAUCUAAACCAAGCAAAAUUCCCUGGCGGAGCACCAACCCUUUAAAACUUUUCAUUUUCAGGAUCACGACGAUUCGAAAGCUGGUGAAUGUCCAGUUGUUUUUAGAUGGAAUUUUGGAGCAACUCAUCAACCAAGAGCUGUUUCAAUUGUUGGAAGUUGGGAUGGCUGGCAUGCAAAGAUUCCAAUGGUGAAAUCGGCUUCUGAUUUCACAACUAUCAUCGAUUUAGAGCCUGGAAAGUAUGAAUAUAAGUUUUAUGUUGAUGGUCAAUGGGUUGUUGAUGACAAUCAAGAAAGAGUUCAAGAUGCUGCUGGCAAUGAAAACAACGCGAUAAAUAUUCAAGAAUCGGAUUUCGCUGUUUUCGAAGCUCUCGAUGAAGAUUUCCAAGCUUCAAACGCUGGAGAAGUUUUGCGCGGCGAAGUCGAUCAACGACAAUGUCACGACACUCCAAAUGAUCGAGAAAUGGAAAAACUUCGCACUUUCACUCAAGAAAUUCCAACAAUGGAAACAUUGAGAAAAGCUCCCGGUCCACCAGUUAUUCCACCUCAACUCAUGCAAGUACUUCUCAACAAAGAAACUCCUGAAUCAUGUGACCCGAAUGUGCUCCCAGAGCCUAAUCACGUUAUGCUCAAUCACAUGUAUGCUUUAUCGAUCAAAGAUAGUGUCAUGGUUUUGUCAUCGACUCAAAGAUAUCGCAAAAAGUUUGUAACCACUCUUCUUUACAAACCAGUCUAA